GGCGGGCGCCGGACCCCCAGGUGGAGCGACAGGUCUCGGGCCCUCAGGCGGAGCGGCGGGCGCCCGGACCCCCAUGUGGAGCGACAGGUCGCUCGGCCCUCAGGCGGAGCGGCGGGCGCCGGACCCCCAGGCGGAGCGACAGGUCUCGAGCCCUCAGGCGGAGCGGCGGGCGCCGGACCCCCAGGCGGAGUGGCGGGCACCAAGUCACCAGGCACGACAGUGGGCUCCGAGUCAACUGGCAUGACCGCUGGCACUGGGUCAGACAUUGGAUCGUCUGGCUGGACAGCGGGCAUCGGGUCACCAGGCAUCAGGUCAUUUGGCUCGACAGCGGGCACCGCGUCAUCUGGCAAGGCAGUGGGCUCCGAGUCAAUUGGUAUGACCGCGGGCACUGGGUCAGACAUUGGAUCGUCUGACUGGACAGCGGGCAUCGGGUCACCAGGCAUCAAGGUCAUUUGGCUCGACAGCGAGCACCGCGUCAUCUGGCAAGGCAGUGGGCUCCGAGUCAAC